AAAGAAGAAGAAGAAGAAGAAGAAGAAGAAGAAGAAGGAUGACGCUGGGGCUUAUCAAUGCGAACCCGGUGGUUCACGCCAAGAAGGAGCGGAUCGCUCGCUCCGAGGACUUUCACGGUGACGACGCCGUUGAUCCUCUCGAAAUCUAUGAUUUCGUGAGGGAUAUUAGAGAUCCGGAGCAUCCGUAUUCGUUAGAGCAGCUUAGUGUUCUUUCAGAGGAAUCGAUCACCGUUGAUGAGAAGCUAGGGCGUAUCCUGAUUACUUUCACUCCGACUAUCCAGCAUUGUAGUAUGGCGACUGUGAUUGGCCUCUGUCUGAGAGUGAAACUUAAACAUUUCUUCCCCCCACAUUACAAGGUUGACAUCAAAGUGUCUCCAGGAUCCCACGCAAAUGAAGAGUCAGUUAAUAAGCAGCUAAAUGACAAAGAGAGAGUUGCAGCUGCUUUGGAGGAUCCAAAUCUGCGUCAGCUUGUAGAUGAAUGCCUGGAUUCUAGUGAGUUCUGAAUAAAUCAAAUAUCAUCGUACAGAUGAUAAGAAAAAAGGUUGAGUUUGUAUAACUUAAAGUGGGUGAAGGAAAUCUCGCUUGCUAUGUGAGUUUAGGUUUAACCAACUUCAAUUUACUUAAUAAUUUUACUCUUUUUAAAAGACUUUUGAGUGAGUGAUAUGUUUGAGGAUAUUAUUCUAAGCUAAGGGGAUGAUAUUUUUAAGAUAUAAAUAGGAAAAUAAUGAGCUUUGGUAUA